GAUAUUUGCAUCAACAACAGAUACCGCAUCAGCCAUAGAACCGGCAAGGGAGGGUGCGGUGUGGUUUACUCUGCGACUGAUCUUCAGUCUAACGAGGAAGUCGCCGUCAAAUUGAUGAACGCUUACAAGACAUCAGUCCACUCGAGCGUGUUCCAGGAUGAACGGGAGAUAAACAACACUCUGAAGGGUGGGAUCGGAAUCCCGCGAGUCCGGUGGUCAGGAUACCAAUGCGAAUUUGCGGUCUUCAUCAUGGAUGCCCUCGGCCCGUCACUCAACGACUUGUUCCUGUUUUGCGGCCGGAAAUUCUCAUUGAAGACCAUCCUUCUAAUCGCAGAUCAGGCACUGUCCCGAAUCCGCUUUCUCCAUUCGAAGGGCUACGUUCAUCGCGAUAUCAAGCCCAGCAACUUUUUAAUGGGGACGGGCAAGCACGGCAAUCUACUCUACCUGAUUGAUUUUGGUAUCGGGAAGAACUUUUCAGAAGCCGAACUCUGCAAGGACGUGGAGGAUCACCGGCAACCCGGCACUUCGUUGUAUGCCACCACUAAUCACCAUAAUCGUCGUGAACAAUCGUGGCGAGACGACCUAGAGGCGCUUGGGUAUACACUUGUAUAUCUUGCCAGUGGCUCGUUGCCCUGGGUAUCUUUGCCGUCUGACAACACUAGGGAAGAGCGGGAGCAACUGACCAAGGAGAUGAAGGAGCGGUUGUCAGGCGAAGAGCUGUGCGACGGCGUUCUUCCCAAAGAAUUCGCCACGUACAUCAAUUACGUUCAGGGUCUAACUUUUGGCGACAAGCCGGACUACGCAUACCUCCAACGGCUUUUCCGUAACUGUUUCAAGGCCCAAGGGUUCAAAUACGAUCACGUUUACGACUGGACCAAAAAGCUGUUUGAUGAGAUGCAGGCGGGGAUGGACAAUGAAGGAGCGGAGAUGCACAAUGACGGAGCGGGGAUGGAAAACGAAGGGCAGCCGAUAGACAAUCAAGGAAGGAGUGGUGAUGGCGUGAAGGUGGAUCUUCGACAUGAAGGAUAUCUAGCGCACAAAAUGGGCCUGAUUAUUACUGAGCACCCUUAUCAAACUGGAUCCCCCUCCCAUUUAACCCUGUCUGCGUCCCUUUCCAACCUGUAUUCUAACCAAACCAGCCAGUAA